UGCACGUGUUUCCUCUGAACUAGCAUGCGAUUGUAAUAACAUACUUUUAAUCCAACAAAGAAAAAUGGGGAAAACUAAGAAAGUAAAAUUAUCAAAGGUAGAAAGAAGUCUUUCUAAAAUUGGUUUAGCUGAGCAAAUGGAGGAAGAUAAAAUGGUAAAAAUGAAGAACCGGAAUAAAAGUCGUUAUCAGAAAGAGGAAAACGAGGAUGAGUUUGUAGAUUCUAAAAUCACACGAAAAAUCUUGAUACAAGCUCGAAAACAACAACAAGAGAUCGAAGAAGAAAACGGUUUUGGUCCCUCGACAUCUACAAAACAACCAACAACAAAAUUAGGAGAUGAUUUCGAAGAAGAUGAGCUUUCCUGUGAAGAAGAUAUUACAGGAAACGACGUUUAUUAUGAAGAUAUUCGAAUUGAUGAGGAUGAAGAAAGAGCUUUAGAGAUGUUCAUGGAUAAAAGUCGAAAACCAAUAAGAACUCUAGCAGAUAUAAUCAUGGAAAAAUUAACAGAAAAAAAAACGGAAAUUGAAACACAGUUCUCAGAUGCAGGUACUAUGCAAUUACAAGACAUUGAUCCAAAAGUUAAGACUAUGUAUGAAGGUGUUAGAGAUGUUUUGUCAAAGUAUCGCAGUGGAAAAUUACCAAAAGCUUUUAAAAUCAUACCACGCUUAAAGAAUUGGGAACAAAUAUUGUACAUAACAGAUCCUCCCAAGUGGUCUGCUGCUACCAUGUAUCAAGCAACUAGAAUAUUUGCUUCUAACUUAAAAGAGCAAAUGGCUCAGAGAUUUUAUAAUCUUGUACUAUUGCCUCGUAUCAGGGAUGAUUUGGCUGAAUAUAAAAGACUGAACUUCCAUUUGUAUCAAGCUCUUAGAAAAUCACUUUUUAAGCCUGGUGCUUUUAUGAAAGGUAUUUUGUUACCUUUACUUGACUCUGGAACAUGCAGUCUAAGGGAAGCUACAAUUGUUGGGUCUGUAAUUGCCAAAAAUCAUAUACCUAUUUUACACUCAGCUGCAGCAAUGUUGAAAAUAGCUGAGAUGGAUUAUACUGGUGCUAAUAGUAUUUUUUUAAGGAUAUUAUUCGAUAAAAAGUAUGCUUUACCAUACAGGGUUGUUGAUGGAGUUGUCUUUCACUUCAUAAGAUUUGAAAGAGAUAGAAGAGAAUUGCCUGUGCUAUGGCAUCAAGCCCUCUUGACUUUUGUCCAAAGAUAUAAAAGUGAUAUUGUGACUGAACAAAAGGAAGCUUUGUUACAGUUACUCAAAAAGCAAAACCAUCACACAAUCACUCCAGAAAUUCGUAGGGAAUUACAUGCUGCGAAAUGUAGAGAUAUUGAAUUGGAUGCACCAAUGGAAGAAUCUAUGCAUUGAUAAUGCU